UUUGUUUGUUUGUUCGAGAUGGAGGACGUAAAGAAGAGAGUGAUCUCUGUGUAUAAUAAUUACUGUAUAUAAUAAACAGGGUGUUAAAGAAGAAGCGACUACGUAAAUGGUACCCAAUAAACAGCCCUAUGGCUCCUUCGAAGAGCAUUCUUUACAUUAUAUUCUGAACUGAAAGCUUAUGAAGAAAAGUUUUUUAAUUAUUUCGGCAUGUCAUCAUCUACAUUUGAAGAACUUGUGAGCAAAAUGGACCUCUGCCCCAUGUUAACCACGUCUGCCGCUCGGGGAAAAACCGCCCGUCUUAAGCCGCGCGGCUAGCGUGUGAAGGCCCCCAUUGAACUACAUUGAUUUAUAAACCGCGCCCGAAAAGCGAAAACUGCGCCGGAGAAAAUCGCUCGUGUGAAGGGGGGGCAACAUAUCGUUUGAGGUUUUGCAGCUGACGUCAUAAGUGGGGGUACGGGAGUAGCUCGGGCCCGCACGGCCAUCUUGGUGGUCAGUGGUGGUGGUCAAAAGCAAACCUUGGUGGCGGCUGCACAAGUGCUCUGUGUGUUCGUCAUGGGAUACGUUUGCUGUGCGGUUGGAUGUUCUAACCGACACGGGAGAGAUGCUGUGUCAUUUUAUAGAUUUCCAGCGAAUCCAGAAGAGCGGGGGAAGUGGAUAGUAGCUGUGAGGAGGGAAAACUGGCGGCCGUCUGCUUCAUCCCGACUCUGCAGUGCUCAUUUUGUCAGAGGAAAAAGACACUUCGACCCACUCUCCCCGGAUUUCGUACCGUCCAUAUUCAACCACACGUCCCGUCGAGAGAGAGAACGAAGAUUUAAAGCAGCGGAGGACUAUGAAAGGAGACAAGAAAUGAAGAGGAGACGUCUUGAGUCAGAGUCCAGGACAUCAGCAGCAAAAGCCUUAGUCAGUUUGCCUGAAGAUGGUGGCAUUCAAGGACAAAGUUCUGACUCCUGCCCUGUUGAGAAAAUGGGUCCACGCCAUCGACCGCGAGGCAAACUUUCUUCCUACCAAGAACACAAAAAACCUUGUUGGCAUCACACAUCUUUCCAAGAAAGGCAGCGGAUAUUGACAGAGGUGGCCAGCUCUGAGAGGAAAGAGACUACGAAGAGGUGUGUGAAAACAGAGGACAAGACUGCAGCUGCAAUAGACUUAGUCAGUUCAGGUGUAAUAUCUGUCAAGGGAUCUGAUAACACUAAGAGUACCACAGUCCAAGGUGGAAGUGCAGCCCUGUAUCCAUCAAAUAAGUUUGUGACUGAUAUACAAAAUCCUACCUUGAUCGUACCAUCAGAGAACAUUGAUAGUCCAUCAGAUACUCCACAUCAAGCACUAAACACUAAUUUAAGUACAAAAGUCAAAGAUGAGAAAAAUUUAGCAGACGAUGGACUUGAUUUUGAUUCAUGCCUAACAGUCAAGUAUGAGAGCAUUGAUGAUUCUCCCUCACAGAAUUUUGAAAACAAUGUGGCAUCAGGGGAUGUUAUCAGGAAUGUCAUUUGGGUAGAUCAACUACAAAUUGCUGACCCCGACAAAACAGACGGCUCUUCAAUGACUGAUAUAGAUCAACUACAAAUUGCUGACCCCCACAAAACAGACAGCUCUACAAUGACUGAUAUGUACGCCAGCUACAUCACCUCUCUUGAUCAGGAAUGUCAGGCCCUCAGAAACAAGUGCUUUGCAUUAGAAGAAAAAAGGAACAAGCUCUCACUGGCUGAAGAAGCGUUCAAAGGCAACGACGCCAAAGUCAAGUAUUUCACAGGACUGCCAACGUUUAGCGUCCUGAUGGACACGUUCAGCUUCAUCAGCGACCACUUGGAGGACCAGCCAAGACUAACAAAAUUUCAACAGUAUGUUUUGACACUCAUGCGACUCAAGCACAAUAGCAGUGCACUGGACUUGUCAUACAGAUUUGAUGUGUAUAGUCCAAUAGUCUCAAAGGUGUUUCACAAUGUCCUUGAUGUGUGCAUGACAAGACUGGUUCCAGCACUAGUGUCUUGGCCUGAAAGUGAAUAUAGCUUUCCUGUGGCUCUUGUGAAUGACUUCCCUAAGUGUGCUGCAAUUAUCAACUGUCUGGAAAUGACCAUUGUGCCUGCACUAGCUGGAAAGGAAGAAAGAAGGGAAGCUUGUAUUAGCCACAAGCCUCGCACGAUGAAAUACCUCAUUGCAGUAUCACCACAAGGGUCACUUUCAUACAUCUCCAAAGGAUGGAUGGGCACCUACAGCGACAAGCAUGUUGCAGAGAACUGUGGUAUACUUGACAAGCUUGGCCCAGAAGAUGAAAUACUUGCCGAUAAGGGAUUUAACACGGCUACACGCGUAGUCUUGUACGGCACUGCUCUCACCGAGGGAAGGAAGGAGAUGGUCACGAUUAAGGUUGGUAAGACAAAGAUGUCGACAGACGUGCAGAGUUAUGUGGGGAAGGUGAUGGGGCCGGCGUAUGCAGCAGGAAGAAGGUAUGCAAUGCUACAGUCAACAAUGCCUAGCAGCCUGCUGAAGAAAGUGGCAGACACUGGCUUCACGGCACUGGAUCAAGUAGUGUGUGUCGCCUGUGCCCUGACCAGCGUGGGUGCAGCGGCAGCUGAGAUCUCACAGACACUCGAGGUUGGACAGAGAUAAUUCCUUCUGUGUGUGGAAGUCCACCCACCCCUCCCUUCCCAUUCACGGUAAACAGUAGUAUUAACGAAAGUUCUGAUGGAGAUGAGGGGACUUUGCAGUGUUUCCAGGUUAGUUUGAUGAUGAACUCUAAUCUAAUCCCACCAUAGCUACCACUAACAUAACUUCGUGGUUUGUUCAAUAAAAAAGUUCAGGUGUUUAUAACAAAAUAUAUUUUUAGCAAAGCCCAAUUGUAACAAGUUAUGUACAGCAGAGGCACGCUUGAAAGAUCGUGGGAGAGCGAGUGGACACAUCAUCUCAUGUGCUGCUUGCUCGAAAAAUACAAGCAUGACAGGAUUAAUGAGUUCACAUGAUCAUCAAAGAAUAUGAAAAAUUCCGUGCAUAACAUGAUUGUAUUUAAGACCACCAGGUACACAAUAUAAUAUAUUGUGUACCUGGCAGGAAAAUUUAAGCCUUAUAUUCUCAUGAUUUUAGGUCUCAGAACAACUUUUUCCAAAGGCCCAGCAGAGGUUAUUUAGGUUCUCCUCAUGAGUGUUUUUCACAUUCAUGGUACAGAAUCCUUGUCAAAUUAUCACUAGGCUCUUAAACCUACCCAUGGAGCUGGGAUAACCGGUGGGUGCAGGCCAGUGGUGGAGGUGGUCUUCUGCUGGGCUUGGGGUAACGGGUGGGGCGGGGUGGGGCAGCGUGGGUGGUCCUCUACGGGGCCGGGGGUAUCAGGUGGGGGCAGGGCAGCAUCAAGGGUGGUCCUCUAAGGGGCUGGGGGUGACAGGUGUUUGCAAUGCUUUGUCUGUGUAAGGUGUUAGUGCCAAAAACGACAACGAACAUCAUGUAUCUACACCAACAAUGGAAGUCUCACAUCUAAAGCAUCAAGACAACAAUCUAAUAGACUAUGUUAAUUUUAUAUUUUAGCAUAUGUAUCUUCAUUUGUAAUUCUUAUCUAAUAUAUAUAUAUAUAUAUAUAUAUAUAUAUAUAUAUAUAUAUAUAUAUAUAUAUAUAUAUAUAUAUAUAUAUAUAUAUAUAUAUAUAUAUAUAUAUAUAUAUAUAUAUAUAUAUGAUUCUGGGGACAUCUGGGAACUAUUGUGUCAAACAGAGGUGUUUUGGGUGUUGGUCUCCUACCAGUAACAAUAACCCUUAGGCAUAACAAAACCCAACCGUCGGGGUAUAAGACACAGGCUGAUUUUUCCAUUUUUUUUUUUUUUAAGUGCGUCAUAUAUGGUGGGAAAUACGGUACUUUUGUUGCGAACAGCCAGGGUUUUUACAGGCAUUUCUCAAAUAAUAGGAAUUCUUAUAUUUGGGGAAAUGUAUCUCAUCUGAAGCCUGGUAAGCAAGAGCCACCAGCUGAGUUUCCAGCCUCUGACAGCAACUAUGAUUGCCAUGUAGACAACUGAAUCUUAAAGGUUACGAACUUGAAACAUUUUUCAUACCACUUCUAAUUAUUUUUUGUGGUAUUACUACCACUUUUUACUUAAUUCUAGCUGAAGUGAUUUAGAUUAAUAAUGACAAAAUAUACAAUAAAUACAGAUGGAAUAAUUUCCACACAUAUACUGGACAACAACACUGGACUGAACUGUGAGCCUGGAACAGAUGAGCCACUAACCCAUGAAUUCUUCUUUACCUUGGACUCCACUUGACUCUCUUUUCCAGGCUCAGCAUCCAACACCCUGGGCAAUACAACCACCCUAGGAAGACACAUCUCUAAAGUGAACCUUCAUGUGUCCUCUUAUGUCAGUCUUUGCCUUGAAGACCUUGCCACAAACAUCACACUUGAACUCUUUAAGGCCAUAGUGCCUAAGGAUGUGUUGGCUAAGUCCCGACUUCAAAGUGAACCUCUUCCCGCACUCUUCACACUCAUGAUUUUUUACGCCAGUGUGUAUAAUGCUGUGUGAAUCAAGGUGACUCUUACGGAAGAAUUUUUUCCCACAUUCGUUACAUUCAUAGUUCCUUACACCAGUGUGGGUAAUGAUAUGGUAUUCAAGGUUUUUCUUCAAGCUGAACAGUUUCCCACAUUCCUUACAUUCAUAGUUUUUUACACCAGUGUGUGUAAGGCUGUGUCUGUCAAGGUGAUACUUCUUGAUGAAUUUUUUCUCACAUUCCAGACAUUCAAAGUUCUUUUUACCAGUGUGUGUAAAGGUGUGAUACUUUAAAACCUUCCCUGAGAUGAAUCGUUUCCCACAUUCCUUACAUUCAUAGUUCUUUACACCGGUGUGUGCAGAGGUAUGAUAUCUUAAACCACUACUUGUGGUGAAUUCUUUUCCACACUUCUGACACUCAAACUUCCUUUCUCCUUUGCGGCUUGAGUUGCCAGCAGCAGGUUGCUUCUGAAGACCACAGACAUUCCUGCCACCUGCAGCAGUCUGUUCCUGCUUGUCCUGGCCGCUCAUGGUGCUGUCCAGCCCUGCAGCCUCCUGCUGGCACACCUGCUGCAGGGAGUCUGUCAGCUGAUCUUGGUGCUGUCCAGCCCUGCAGCCUCCUGCUGGCACACCUGCUGCAGGGAGUCUGUCAGCUGGUCUUGGUGCUGUCCAGCCCUGCAGCCUCCUGCUGGCACACCUGCUGCAGGGAGUCUGUCAGCUGGUCUUGGUGCUGUCCAGCCCUGCAGCCUCCUGCUGGCACACCUGCUGCAGGGAGUCUGUCAGCUGGUCUUGGUGCUGGCCAGCCCUGCAGCCUCCUGCUGGCACACCUGAUGCAGGGAGUCUGUCAGCUGGUCUUGGUGCUGGCCAGCCCUGCAGCCUCCUGCUGGCACACCUGAUGCAGGGAGUCUGUCAGCUUUAUAAGACCAAGGUUAGGGAUAAGAUAGGGCCGCUUAAGUCAGGAGAAUCACUGAUUGAUAGUGAUGAGGAAAUGAGCGAGGCAUUAAAUAGAUAUUUCUUAACUGUAUUUACCAAGGAAAGAUUAGAUGAUAUACCUCAGGGAGAACAGAUCUACAGGGGAGAAGAGGUAGAAGAAUUAACCGACAUCAACAUAAGUAGGGAGCUCGUGAUUAGACAGAUAGAUAGACUUAAAGUCAUUAAGGCGCCAGGGCCAGAUGAACUUUUCCCCAGGGUAUUAAAGGAAUGCGAAACUGAAAUAAGUGGGCAGUUAACAGAAGUAUUUAGGAAGUCACUAGACACAGGGGUGGUGCCUGUUUCAUGGAGGCAGGCACACGUUAUUCCAAUAUUUAAGAAGGGAGACAAAUCUUCUAUGGAGAACUAUAGGCCAAUUAGUUUGACGUCAGUUAUAGGUAAAAUGAUUGAGUCAAUAAUAGCUGAUAGUAUUAGGGACCAUAUAGACAGACAUAGUUUAAUUCACAACUCACAGCAUGGGUUUACUAAAGGAAAGUUGUGCCUCACUAAUCUUGUAUCCUUUUACAAUAGAGUAUACGAGGCAGCUGACAAUGAUGAGAGCUAUGAUGUGGUUUAUCUUGAUUUUAGUAAGGCCUUCGAUAAGGUACCUCACCAGAGACUUUUAAAUAAAGUCAGGGCUGAUGGGAUAAGAAGGAAGGUAUUUGAUUGGAUUAAGGCAUGGAUUAGCGACAGGAAACAGAGGGUUACCAUUAACGGUAAAAAAUCCGAAUGGGGUAAUGUUACCAGUGGGGUUCCUCAAGGUUCAGUUUUAGGCCCGCUUCUAUUCAUUAUCUACAUCAAUGACAUAGACAAUGGGAUAACUAGUGACAUAGGUAAAUUUGCAGAUGACACCAAAAUAGGACGCACUGUUAGGGCAGGGGAGGAUGCUAGAGCACUGCAGGAGGAUCUCAACAAACUGUCAGCUUGGUCAGAGAAAUGGCAGAUGAAUUUUAACAUCAUCAAGUGUAGCAUACUUAGUGUAGGAACACGCAACCCAUUACAUGGGUAUAGUUUAGACUCCACAGCGAUAGGCAGGUCUGAGUGUGAAAGGGAUUUGGGAGUGUUAGUGAACUCUGACCUAAAACUAAGGAAGCAAUGUAUUAGUGCGAGGAAUAGGGCUAACAGGGUAUUAGGCUUUAUUAACAGGACGGUAACCAACAGGAGUGCAGAGGUCAUCCUCAGACUCUAUUUAGCGUUAGUUAGGCCACACUUAGAUUAUGCUGUCCAGUUUUGGUGCCCACACUACAGAAUGGACAUCAACUUGCUAGAAUCAGUUCAGAGGAGGAUGACCAAGAUGAUUCAGGGGCUGAGGAACCUCCCAUAUCAAAAUAGGCUGAAACAUCUAAACUUACAUUCACUAGAGAGACGAAGAGUGCGGGGAGAUCUGAUAGAAGUGUUCAAAUGGGUCAAGGGUUACAACAAAGGCGAUAUAAGUAAAGUACUGAGAAUUAGCCAGUAGUAUAGAACUCGCAGUAAUGGAUUUAAAUUAGAAAAGUAUAGAUUUCGGAGAGAUAUAGGAAAGCAUCGGUUUAGUAAUAGGGUGGUGGGGGAAUGGAAUAGACUCAGCAAUCACAUAGUUAGUGCAGGGACGAUAGCUUGUUUUAAGAGUAGACUGGAUAGCUACAUGGACGAGGACGACAGGUGGCAGUGAGCUGUGGGUGCAGUAAGGUGACGGGGUGCUGGAUGCGUGCCUGGGUACCGCCGGUAUAACGAGGAUCAAGCCUCUACCUGUAACCCCUGUAACUACACCUCACCCACCGUGAGUAGUGGGGGGGAUUCUGGAGCUGCCCUGUGUAGGCCACCCAGCCUCUUGCAGUUUCCCUAUGUUUUUAUGUUCUUAUGGUCUUGGUGCUGGCCAGCCCUGCAGCCUCCUGCUGGCACACCUGCUGCAGGGAGUCUCAGCUGGUCUUGGUGCUGGCCAGCCCUGCAGCCUCCUGCUGGGUUAAACAUUCACACACACAAACAGUCUUGUGGAGCAGCCCUGGGAGGGGAGGAGUCAGUGCCUUGGUAUGAUACCCCAAUGCACCGAAUAUUAAUCCAAUAUACCCUGAUGUAAACUGUUUAUUGGGGUAUGAUUGGAGUACCACUGGGUUACACUGGGUCAAUACUGGGAACAUCGCGGUGCCAUAUAGGUAACAAUGGCCACACUGGAAUAUAAUGAGGUACAUGGGGCUAAAACAAAGACGUCUUUACCCCGGUGAACAUGGGGGGUACAGUGACCCAUUGACUGUGGAUUCCUACAAGACAUCACCAAGCCACAGGAAUGGACCAAAAAGUGGCUCCUACUGUUCAAUGAUGAAAAAUGUAAAGUCCUGCACCUUGGGAGGGAAUAUCCAGCACACCAAUACAACAUGGGAUUAUUAUUCUUCUUCGUGGGUGGUUUAUGGGGCUAUUUAGGCUGUGGACCCACAGCCUCUAGAGCCCCGUCAGUGGUAGUUGUUAACAGGAGUCGUUGGUUGUGCUGGCCGUCCUGUCACCAGGGCGGGAGUUAGAUCGAUGGGAAACACUCCACUUUCCGCUACAGACGAUCUUGAUCUUGAUGUCACAGGCGGCUUGGGAUUUCUCCCCAGCCAGACCUUUGUAUCGGCAGCUCUGUAACGGCCCGAAAUGUACUACAAUUGUAAUGGUAUUUUUCCCCAUGUAAAUAGAGAAAGGGAUUUGAAAAACGCUAAUAGAAAAUAAAAGAAAAAGUAAAAGACCAAUGAAAAACAAAAUAAGAUAAAUUAAUAUAUAUAAAAAAAACUAAAACAUGCAUCCAUUCUCUAUGAAAUCAGAUGGGUCAUUGAGUGCUGACUUGACUCAGGUUGACGCAGUCGGUGUAAACGGAGUUGCGUCAAUAUGAAUCGCCUCAAAUGACUUGACGCGACUCGCUUGGUGUAAACGCAGCCUUGGGGAAAGACUAGUGAAGGCAACCUUGUGUAAUGCUAUGAAAUUGUAGCCCCCCCUCUCGCCUUCCAGCCCCUCCCUCCCUGUUUUCCAGACGCCGUCUAGACACGUGUCCGUUUCGCCUAUGGUUGGCGAAACAUGUAUAUGCGACUUAUUUCUGCGAAGAGGUAUUUCUCGCAACACCGGCUGCACCACCGCCGCGCCCGUCGCCAGAGCAGUCAAAUAUGGCGCGCGUAAACAGUGGUAGCCGUAAUUAUUUCGUAAAGCUAGAGAAAUACAGCAGUAGUAGGUAGAACACCGUAGAAUUAAUAUAACCUUACCAGGCGAGUGUGGGCCAGAUUAUUGAGAGUCGUAUGCUAUCCCUUCAACGCCCGGGGCCACUACACCGCGGCCCGCAAAAACAAACAAA